AUGGAGCCCCGCCCCGCGACCGAGGUGUCGAACAAACGACCCCGAUCGCCGGCCGACCAGUCGCAAGCGCCCCAUUCCAAGGUGCCCAAGACGCACUCGAGCCACCUGCAAAUCAACUAUCUCGCUCGACAAUACCCGGACAACCUCCCGCUAGUCUCGGUGGAAGAUACUAUGCCCGCCAUCGUCCACUUGAUCGGCGAAUACGACGGAGUUCUGCAUCGCCACGAGAGCAUCGCCGGAAACCUAGGCGCAUCGCCUCUUCGACGGCCCCCGCGGGUGCUCAAAUCGCAUGGCAAGGACGGUCCCAGCGUGACUUGGUUGGACGUGGUCGAAUUCGCCAAGAGCAAACCGGAGCAGUUCAAUUUGGAGAAGUCGCGCAACGGCGUCCGAGUCUGCCAGUUUUAUACCAAACAAUGCCGCGUGGAGAUUAGUGAGGAGGACUUUGUGCUGAUUGCGUCCGGCAUGCCUCAAAAGAUGAUCCCGCCGCAGCCCAUCAUCGAGGAUGAGGAGAAAGAGCUCGGCGCACUGGAGAUUCUGGAAAAGAACUUGCAGCAUAUAAUCCAGAUGGCAGACCAAGUGUCGGCCCGAGCUCGUCAGCUCAGUUAUCGCCUGAAAAACCGCCGCACCGCCAUCGUGAGCCGUCGAGAAAACGACGCCUCUUUGAAUGCACAGUCGCGUGCUGCGGCUGCCGACGUAUGGCGCGAGAUGAGCAACCAUGGCGCCACCAACGGACAUUCAUCUAACACGUCCCCCUCGGGCUUCGUGGCGGUCAAUGCGAACCGUCCGGAUGGCGAGCCGUCCGAAGAGAAUCCGUUAUCGUCGCAGUUCAUGUUCUCACAUUCGAACACGGAUAACAUCACCAUAAUUAAUGGAACUUCCAUCAAGGGCGCAUCUCCCACGACCCGGGCCGAGCUGAUGAAGAAAUUUUUCACCACCGCAGACCGUCAGGCUCGUGGGUACGACGAAGCGACAGGCUCCAUCAAUCCGGUUCGACCACGGCCACGCGGGUCCGAUCCAGCAGACUAUAGUCUUUAUAACACCAGUAUCAACAACACCAACAAUGCCAACAACCCCAGCACAGCCAGUAACACCAACGCGACAACCCCCGUGGCCAUCCCUCAUACGCCAUCCUCCCUCCUCCCGCCACCAAAGGCAGCCUCUCAGGAAAAAGAUGACGGUGGUCCAUUCAAGCUGGAGAUGGUCGCCCGCAUGGAAGAGCUCCCUCGUGGGGAGCGAGUCAACCCACCCUGUGACCGAUGCCGCCGCCUGCACAUGGACUGUCUCAAGAAUUUGACUGCCUGCGUGGGCUGCACCAAGAAGCAUGCCAAGUGCUCCUGGCGCGACGUGAAGGAGGAAGAGCUCCGCGCCGUUUGGAACACCCCGAUGCCCCGUGAGCCGCGCGACCCCAUCGACGAUGAGCGCGGACCCGCCCUGCCACUGCCGACAUUUGCGGCCUCUCCGAGUGCUCCCAUCUCCGCCGAGCGCCUCGUGCGAGGUCCCGAGCCGCUCAGCGAUGCGCAUUACUCUGGCCACAGCCGCCGCGAGUCGGCUCCCGGAGCGCCUCAUAAUACCUCGGGCUCUGGAGCUUCCCUUAGCUUCCCUCCAUCUGGCAAUUCCCCUCGUCGCGCAAUGAGCGAGACGGAAGGGAGCGGCCGUGCCCCGCACCAAGGCCAUUCGUCGCGGCCUUCCGAAGACGAUGACCCGGAUGCGAACCAGCGUCUCAUGCAGGCCAUUCUUGAUACUGUUGACCAUCAUGCCCGUGUUGCCGCUGCCGUGCAGGAGAAGGAACGCGGCGCGGAGCGAGCUGGCGAAAGGCAAAGCAAUGAACAAGACGCGGAUCGCGACCGGGACCGAGAUCGAGACCAUGAGCGGCGCCUGGUGCAGGCGUAA